GUUCAUCGGAAAUAUUAGUGGGAACAUCGCUUAAGGCCCUGCAUGAAGGUCGCUUGGCCAUUUCCCCGCCUGCAAUUAAUAUAACUGUUCACGUCGUUGGACCUCACUCAAACCUUAAUCGCAGCAGGCUCGCAUGACUUGCUGUUGCGUGAAGAUGCAGUGGUCUGGCUGAACGGCAAAACACACCACCAAGUCCGAUUGCGUAGUGUACGGAUACAAUCUGUCCCCGGCUCUUGGCGCCGAGGUUUGUCGGUUGCCUUGCACUCUCCGGGAGUGAUCGUCGAGAUAUCUAGGUAUUAAAGCUGUCGAAGAUUGCUGUAGACCAAAGUCUCUAGCCUCCGACACUCGCCAUCAUACGUUCUGACCCAUUUUGCUCGCAAUGCACUUCUCUAGGAUUAUCAUGCUUUUCGUGCCUCUGAUGGCUAUGGCUAGCCCUGUCGAUUUGGAAACAAGACAGGACAACACUUGUUGUUAUCAAACCGAGGACGUGAACGCCCUCGUCUUUGUGACCAAAGGCCAGUCAUCCCAGACUUUGGACACUCUCAACUGGUGCUAUUUACAGGUUGAUCGCGACACGACUGAUCCAAACAAUUGCGAGAAGGCGACGCGAUCGUAUUGGGCUGGGUACUGCCCCUCUGAUGGCACAAAGGUUAUCCAGUGUCCUUAGUUCAUGCCGUUUGCAUUGGAUCCCACAGACAACAUGCAAAGUACAUGUUAGCAAGUAGGCAGUUAAUGGGACCUUUCAAUGAAGCUUAAGUUUGAUCCUGUCUUGAACAGUCUGAUUGCAUUCCAAGAACAUGGUGCCUCGAAGCUUCAAUGAACCACUCUCCCAACCAGCUCUACUCCGUACACCAGAAAGGAACAU